CGGAAUAUGUUUUUCUCAAAUUAUCCACAGGUCUUCUUGCUAUGCAAGACAGAAAGGAGAGUUGCCGAGCACUUUCUAAAACCUCACAAACAUAGGCAAGCCUUCCAUUCCGUUGCAAUAUUCCGAACACAAAUAAACAACCAAGGCAAUGUCUCACUUGGGAUCCCUCGGCACGGCAAAGCUUGUGCGGCUCUUCCUCCUUCUCUUGUACACCACGGAUGUUGCGAGAUCGUUCGUGCCCGCGUUUCUGCCUCGCACACGCAUCGCCCAUGCCGGUCCUCUCCAAUCCACCCCACAGAACGCCAACGAGGGUGCCAGUGAGGAUAUCCUUCUCAGGAUAAACCUGGGGAUCAACACCGGAGCGGAGCCCGAGUCUUCCCUGGAAGCCGUCAGACAAUACGCAAGGUCGUUUCCGUUUGCUGCGGUUCUUCCCGUGCAGCCCCUGACGUACGUCCCUUCCGAGGACGGCACCGGUGUCAAGGUCACCUUUCUGAGAAAGAAAACCAAGGAAAAGGGCUCUGUCGACGGGGGCAUCAAUAUUUCCGUAGACUUUACCUCGGCGAAGGACGAAAACGAUCUGGAUCCUUUGGGGGGGAAACGCAUUAGGUUGCUGGCAACCAGGAACUCGGAGGGACARACAGUGAGCAAAAUAUUCAGUGAAAAACUGAUCGUUUUGGCUUUUGUGAAAGGUAUUUCUGGGGACGAUGCACAAAAAGCUGGCAAGGAUUUAUCAAACAUGGUUUCGAUCGAAAGCAUCUUCCAUAAGUGGCUGGCAUGAUGAACCGUAUGCAUUUGCCAKUGGCCAUCGGUAUUUUUGUUCUCGUUGAGGUUGACGAAACCAUUGAAGUUCGAGGUUGAUGGCAUUACUAUCCUCCCACAAAUUUGAAAACGUGUGCAAAAAUUUCUAGCAAAGGAACUCCAGCUGUUGCGAUGGAUCUUCGAMAAAGGUAUCUGGACGGCUCGUCAGAAAAGAUACUGACGAUGCAUACGAUAUUGAUUGAUUUCAAAAGGAAUAACUAUUGCUUACCAC